CAAAAUCAAAAUCAAAAUCAAAAUCAAAAUCAAAAUCAAAAUCAAAAUCAAAAUCAAAAUCAAAACUCCAACAGUUCUCGAAAUCAAAGACCCUCUGAUAGUUACGAUUGAGAAGUAAAUUGUUUGAAUCUUCUCCAUGGAUUUCACUCCUCCAUCUCACAGAUCCGAGCCUCGAUCUCGCACAAAAUCAGCCUCUCGCCUCGCAAUCGAAGGCGACGAAAUACCCCAUUUCUCAGUCGACGCCAUUUCUUCACCGCCCAAGAAAUCCCCUUCACCUUCCAUACAAGACCUUUUGCUUCUCUCGCCUUCCACUCUCAGAAAAUCCAGGUCUCGUCUCGUGGAUCGCUUCGAAAUGAACGACGAGGUUACAGACGCCGCCGCCGCUGCCGCACGCAGAAGGUGUAAAACUCGCGGCCCCCAAAUAGGUUGUGCUUCUCCGAGGAGUGUGAGAAGGUCUAGAAGACGAUCGGAAUUGGAGAUAAGAGAAGAGAAGGAUUUGUGUUUGGCGGAAGAGUUCGUGAAGGCUAGAAAACGAAGGCCGAGUGGGAGAUCGAAGAAGGAGAAGCUGAGUUUGGUUCCAGUUCCAACGACGCCGAUAAAUUCAACUCCAAAACUUGAUAAUGAUGAGAAUGGUAAUCUGGAUCGAAUUGGGCAACUCAUAACUGAUCUGAUCAUGUGGAAAGAUGCGGCGAAAUCCAGCCUUUGGUUUGGAUUUGGCUCUUUGUUUUUCUUAUCCUCUUGCUUUGCUAGAGGAGCUAGCUUCAGCAUUUUCUCAGCGAUUUCCCAGCUUGGGCUUCUGUUUUUGGGUCUUGCAUUUGUCUCCAAUUCAAUCUGUCGAAGGAACAAUGUGGAAAAGAAACAUAAUGAAUUCAAGCUUAAAGAAGAUGACAUCCUACGCAUGGCGAAAUUGAUUCUUCCAGCUGCAAACUUCGCCAUUGAUAAGAUAAGGGAGCUUUUCUGUGGAGAGGCAGAGAUGACCCUGAAAGUAGCUCCAUUCCUCAUUUUAGGAGCUGAGUAUGGACAUCUUAUUACACUUAGAAGACUUUGUGCAAUUGGGUUCUUUACCAGUUUCUCUGUGCCAAAGCUAUACUCAUGUUACCAAAUUCAGAUUAACAGCAAAGUCGAUGUGGUGAAGCGACGGUUGUUUGAAGCAUGGAAAGCUUGCUCACAUAAGAAGGUUGUGGUAGGAUCAGCAGCCACAGUGUUUUGGAACCUUUCUUCCCUAAAGACCAGAAUUUUCACAGCUUUCAUAGCUGUAGUUAUAGUUCGAUACUGCCGGCAAUUUCUAGUGCUGGCACCGGAAGUUGUAGAAGCACAAGAAGAGGAGAACCAGGCGGUGGUUCUGGUAGAAGGGAAGGAGGAGGAGGAGGAGGAGGAGCAGAAGCAGGCUCGGGUGGUGGCGGAAGCCCAUGGCCAGCCUUGAUUUUGGCUUUAUCAUAUUGUAAUAAUAGAAAUGGCUGUGUGUUGUGUUCGAGCUUAAAUUUCAUUGAUUGAUUCAAACAAACAUCUAACAUCUUGUGCUCAGAUCAGCAGAAGCUGUACUCUGUCUAAGAAAAGGAAAAGUUCUAGAGAUCGAGUAUGAAAUGAAUGGUCGGUUAGGAUCAUCUUAACUAGUCUCGUUUAUUGAUACUCGAUCACUUUAUUUGUUUAUGUAAAAAGCAAAGCUCUAUUUA